UUAAUAACUGAUAAUUAUUUAUUUAAAAAUAUUUAUUCAAUAAUCUUAAGUAAUAAUUCAUUACUAAUAAUAAUAAUUACUAAUAGUUAUUAUCAAUAAUUAGCAAUAAUAAAUUAAUAUAUUAAUAAUUAUUGAGACAAGUAUAAUUAAAAUAUUAUAAUGAUCAAUUGUAAUCUUAUGUCUAAAUAUAUAAGUCAGUCAUUGAAAUCGUAUUGAAAACAUAACCACUCAUUGAAUUUAAUUAAAUAACAAAGUAAAUGAUACUAUAUGAUUUAAAAUGAAGAAUUAAUUUAAAUUAUAGAUCGUAAUAUUACUUUUACUUUAAUAGAUAUAAUCAAAAGUAGUUAAAAAUGUUUUAUGAUAAUAUAUUAUGAUUUGAGUAUCGAUUCGAAUCGAUAAUUUUUGAAAGGUACUUCUACAUACUAAUAAUCGCACGUUAAUUAUUACAUCACUAGUGUAUGUCACUAUAUAUCAUAUCAAUUGAUCAAAAAAAAAAUUUGAUAGAUUCUAAAUUAUUUGCGACAGUAUGCGAAUAUAACAACGUACAACAUAUACAAAGUAUAUCACAAUACUUUAGGUCCCGGAAAUGUGAGCGGGGUGAGGAAAGUGGACGACUCAUACCAGCAGCGCAACUACCAAUCGUUGCACUUCGCGAUAUUCAGUCUCAGUGUACGGAUCGUCUUACUACUUGUCAUUUUUAUGUUCAUCCGUUUUGUGAUCUUCAAAUAAUUAAUUUUUUAAUUUUUUUUCUUUAAAUAAUUUUUAAUAAUAAUUUUUAGUGUGAACACAAAACAAAAUGUCGGUUAUAUAUAAAAAUACAAUGAACUCGAUUGGCAAGUUUGUACCUCAGAAAUUUCAACCACUGUGGAAUCAUCCAGCUGGUCCGCAGACUAUAUUCUUCUGGGCACCAGCUUUUAAAUGGGGACUUGUAAUAGCUGGCCUCGGUGAUUUGCAGAGGCCAGCAAGUCAAAUUUCCAUUAGUCAAUCAACUGCCUUAGGUAUUACUGGCUUAAUUUGGACCAGAUAUUCUUUAGCGAUCACUCCAAAAAAUUGGAGUCUUUUUAGCGUAAAUCUUUUCGUCGCGCUAACAGCUUUGUAUCAAGUUAGUCGAGGAAUAAUGUAUCAAAGAGAACAAACAACUGCAACAGCAUCUACGAAAGAAAAAUAGCGUAUAUUUCCAAAUAAUAUACAUUCCCAGAUAUUCAAAUAUUUAAAUGUAUAUAUUGAAAAUAUUGACAUUUUAAUAAUUUGAUGAUACUUGUGGAAUGUAUUUAAUGUUAUGAAACAAACAAAAAAAACAAACACGAAAUUAGAAAAAUAACGCGAAUUUAUUAUCAGAAUUGAACAUAAUUAAAGACUAUAGUUCAAGAUGCACUUUACAUGUAUAUGAUAGAAAUAUAUUCAACAUAAAAAAAAAUGAUAAUAAAAGAAGUAAACUAUGAAUUAUAUUGUAAAAUUUAGAAAACAAGCAAGUUGCAAAUCGCAAGUCGAUAUGCAAUAUGAAAUAAUAAUAAUUGGAAACUUAAAAUAUCAAUAUUCAAAAUUUAAAAUAUUAAUUAGAAAUUAAAAAUUAUCAAUAUUGUGUUUAGAUUUAAAAUACCAAAAAAAUGCGAUACCAAUAAUAUAAAAUUAUUAAAAAUAAUAUAACAUGUAUUAAGCUGUGAUAUCGAAUGUAAGGUGCUGUUCAUUUUUAUUUCAUUAUAUUGCAUAAAUUCUAAAUCCUAAACUACUAAGUACAAAUAUACCAACAGAAAAUAUAGAAUGUAAUUUUAAAGUGCAGUACAACAUUUAAAAGCAUAUACAAUAAAUUAAAAUAUCAAUCAAUAAUACACCAAUAAUAAUCGUGUGUAGUAAUAUAUAUAUAUAUAUAUAUAUAUAUAUAUAAUGUUAGAUUUAGAUAAAUUUAUUUAUGUACAUAUCUACCUCUAAUAAAUAAUAAUAUAUAAUUUACUGGUCUUAACGAUUCGCAACAUUGAUGCUGAAGCACUCGAAGAAGUAGGAAAUGUACAAAUUGUAUAUCAAGUUCGAUAAUAUUGUAAUUGCCUUAUAAAAAAUAUAAUAAAAUAAUAUAUUUUUUUAAUAA